AGACUACUGUAAUGUUCACGGAUUUGCCCCCAUCCGCAUGCGAAAUUGCCAACAGACCGCAGCGUACACGGCUACGAGCAUCCUCACAAACCUCAAAGUUAACGUACAAGAGCAUUUCAUGCAAAUGUUUCUGCGCUACGUCAAUGAAAGGCUUGGUUUGAAGCAAGUCAAACGGCAUCUCCGGAGAGCGCAGCGGCGACGCUAUUAUCGUUGUGUCCGUCAAUUUACAAAGUACGCGACAUUUGAAGAGUACCCAACCGAAGAGGAGCUUGCGCGCCUCACACGACUUGAGCGGACCAUCCUCGACGAGUUAUGGGCUCUGUUUCCUCCCCAGAUUGAGCCGCUUGCAUACAGCCUUGCGGUGGACGCAAUGCCAUAUUUAGGUGAGCUAUGUCCCGCGCCUACUGUGAGCUCUCGCGCCUCUAUGAGCGCCGUGGAAUGCGCCUGUUUUCCGCUAUCCCGCUGCGCAAAUCUCGAAUCCAGUCAUCUGUUCGGUCAACUAAGGGAUGCUCCAAACAUCGUCAGCAUUGAUCUAAACAAGCGUAACCUCUUGUUCCGUCGAGACAUCAAGAAGGAGCGGCUGUUUCGAUACACAUCCAAUCAACAGGCGGUCGAGACAAAGUCUCGGUACUUCCAAAGAGACAUGAGAGAGCGAAAGAUCAAUGCCGGCAUCGCUGAGAUGGAAUCACAUAUUCCGUCGCACAGGAGCAUGAACAUCGAGGCAUUCUCAGCGUUCAUUGUGGAUUACGAACAUGCGGAUCCCACCCUGGAUGGGUUUUACCAGGAUGAGAUUCACGUGGCUCGCAGAUUCAAGGCGUUCUCACUCCAGCAAAAGUCUGAGAGCAAGCUCAUCAAGAACAUGCGACGCCUGUAUGGAAAGCAUUUUUCGGUCAUUUUGGGUGAUUGGAGCGACGCUGGAAAGACCAUGCGCUUUCAGGAGUCAUCAAAGACCAAGGGGUGA